GGAGUUUCGGCAACGCUGUAAUCGACUGUCGGAGAUUACGUAAACUAGCACCAGCCCGUGACUGUCUUUGGAGGAAGAUCGCCAUUUUAUAUUGUACUUUUUGAGAGAAUUAAUGCGAGGUCGACGAAGAUAGUGUGAGUGUUGUGUGUUGGGUGUAGUACGUACGUGUUGUUAAUGGUGUAGUAAAGAAUUGGAUUAGAAUAAAAAACAAUUUAUAAAAUGAAAAAUUUUGUGUUGUGUGUUACCUUGAAUUUUCUAUUUUUUAUCAGCAGCGUAAUUUCAAUUGAAAUAACGGCAGUAGAACCAAACGUUGUAUUUACACCGAAAACAUCGUUUUCGAUACAGUGUAAUGUAUCGGACACGACAGGAAAUCCUCAAAUCAUAUGGAAAAAAGAUCAAAAUGAGGUAACGAAUAUAGAAAGCCUUAAAAAUAAAAUAGAAACUACUUAUAAUGCUACGAAAGGUCUGGCGACGUUGAAAAUAAAUAAUCCAAAAGAAGAUGCCGGCGGUAAUUACAGUUGUGUCGCUAAUCCGAAAACGGCCGAAGAAACAUCCGCCUUAAUUCACGUAGCAAGAUCUGUUCUUGUGAAAGUCCAAGCUAAUAUAAACGUGGUAGAAGAAGAAAAAUUAAGGGUGCAAUGUAAAGUUUUGGGUAAUCCCGAAAUCACAUGGAUUUUUCAAAAUGAAACUUACAAUGAAACAAAGGGCCGUGUCCACGUAGAAGAUUAUACAGAAGAUGGAAAAACCGUUAAAAACGGAAUGCUUAUCGUCGAUGGAAUUACCCAAGAAGAACGAGGUUUUGUUACUUGUAUAGGAGAAGAUCUAUUUACAAAUACUUCUUCCAGUUCGCAGUGUAUGGUUAGAGUUAAAGAUAAAUAUGCCGCCCUUUGGCCUUUCCUAGGUAUAUGUGCUGAAGUUAUCGUUUUAUGCGCCAUUAUUAUAAUAUAUGAAAAGAAACGUAAUAAGACAGAACUUGAAGAAAGUGAUACAGACCAAAGUCCAGACCAAAAGAACACCCCUGACCACGGGAAAGACGCCAAUUUGAGACACAGACAGUGAAAAUUUAACAAAUAAACAAAAAAACCGCCGUUCAGAUUAAUAAAUUAUUAUAUAAGAACUAUCUAGAAGUUAUAAACAGUUAUAUUGUACAAAUGUUUAGUCGGGCCUAAACGACUCGACGACAUUUCUCGUUCGAAGAUGUUUUUGGAGUACUGUACACCAAAAAAAAAACAGAACAAUUUUUAGGUUAUUAGAUUUAAAUUGUUAUAAAAGCCUUCCCAAUACGUUUGCCUUAGAUAGCAGCCUUUUUAUUGUAGGUUUAAAAAACGCGUAUCAUUUCUUUUUUUUUAUUCGUGAAUGUUUUUUUUUUGAAAAUUUUAUUUUUUAUUUUCGCUACUCAAAUAUGUAGAUAUUGUAAAAUCAUUGUUAUGCAACUAAAUCGGCUGAUAUUUAAUGUAAACUAAAAAUAAUACGUCGUACCGUUGUAUAUAUUUAUAUAACAUAUAAGAAUAUUGAAAAAAAACAAAAAAAAUGUACACUCCUGUUAAAUAAUUAUGUUUUUUUUGUGGAA